CAAGUAUUCUUUUGCUCGGUGAAACUCCGCAAUUGUAACUGCCAGCUGGUUGUUUUAAGCUCAAGCUUAAAUUCCGCCUUCUCAAUCUCACAAAUUUACCAGCCAAACGCAAAUGUCGAACGCGAUCAAGGACCUGGCGGCCGGAACGGCUGGAGGGAUAGCUCAGGUCCUUGUCGGGCAACCUUUCGAUAUCGUGAAAGUGCGCAUGCAAACCUCAGCCAAGGGCACUUACAACGGCAUGCUGCAUUGCGCUGGCGGUAUCUUGAAGAACGAAGGGCCUCUGGCGUUCUAUAAGGGCACAUUGACACCAUUGCUGGGAAUUGGUGUCUGCGUAUCAAUACAAUUCGGAGUACUCGAAUAUGCAAAGCGGGUGUUUACAGCUCAGAAUUUAGCUAGAGGUGAAGGCGGGGAAGAAGGAAAGAUGCUUGGUGGAGGGCAGUUGGUCAUUGCUGGAGUAGCGGCAGGGCUUGCUAACGGUAUAGUAUCUGGUCCAGUGGAACAUAUUCGCAUUCGUCUGCAAACGCAGUCAAAUACGAACCCGACAUACAAAGGUCCAUUUAACGCAAUGAAGAAAAUUGCCUCACAAUAUGGCAUCGCCGGACUGUUCAAAGGACAGUGUGUCACCUUCCUACGUGAAGCGACAGGCUACGGUGUCUACUUCUUGGUGUACGAAAAACUUAUACAGCGGGAAAUGACCCAGAAGGGCAUACGCCGGGACCAGAUUAACUUUUUGAACCCCAUUCUCUACGGUGCAACCGCUGGAUACGCCCUUUGGGCAGUCAUAUACCCUAUAGACAUGAUCAAAUCUAGAAUGCAGACUGACGGAUUUAGCCCUUCUACUGGACAAAAAUAUGCUUCAGCACGAGAUUGCGUGCGCAAGGUUUGGAGGACCGAGGGAAUUAGUGCAUUUACACGUGGUCUGGGGCCCACUUUAAUUCGUUCACCAUUCGCGAAUGGGGCAACGUUCCUCGGAUUUGAGAUGGCUAGUCGGAUGCUGUAUUCAUAGUUCCCAAGGAUGUACUCCCUCUCCUUCUCCGGAUAUCAAUGCGAAACGAUCCGUCGAAGUCCCGGUGGUGGAUCAGUCCACUUAUAUCCUCGCUUCUUAGAUCGCAAUAGAUCAGUAACGCGUGGUUUCCCCGUGUCCGUAUCUAUAGUUGGCACACAUAUAUAAAUUGACUUACGAUCAAAACGGCCGACGAAGAGGUCAGUCUAAACCUCC